UGAAUAGACCUAAGCUCGCAUUAUUGCACAUCUUAUAUGAACAUAGUAAUAGGCUAUACUUUGAAUAUUUACCGCACAAACGAAUGUUCUUCAAUGCAGUGUUUCUUUCGAAACUAAUGUUUGUUCGUUGGUUUAAACCGUGUGUGAAUUUUUAUUUAUAUUAUUUAUAAUAACGAUACUUGCAAUGUCCAUUUUUAAUGCGCACCAGUUUUUAGGUGCAUUGUACAAACGUUAUAUAAUUUCAUUGCCAUCGAUAAAUUUGUCUAGAACUCAAAAAAUUUUUAUUAUUUGCCUUACCGGAGGAUCACUACUGUUAGGAGGAUUAGCACAAUUUUUAAAAAGACGAAGAAGACAUCCUCUCCCCUCUUCAAGAAGACCACUGAGAGAAUUAAAACAAAGAUAUGCUGCUGCAAAAAAUUCUAAUUUUGAUGUAUUAUCGCAAGCAUCUUGGGCAAGGAAAAGUGAAGCCAGCAGUAGAAGUCAUAUAAGUGAUCGAGCAUCACUUAUAUCUUCUGUUCCAGGAGGUCCAGAUGGUGAUGUAAGACUUACUCCACAACAAUAUGGGGUUCUCGGAUUGGAGGCUCUGGAAAAAGCUCUCUAUUGUUGGGAGGAUGCUCUUACAGCGUUCAGCUCUUCACUCAAUAAUGGUACACUCGCAUUACCGUCUAAGGCGGAUGCAGCAUUUACGCACGAUGUGCAAGAGCUCCUUGAUAUGGGCUAUCAAAUCCAGAACCAUGCAGAACUCCUUUUUAUCGACCAGCAUUCAGUAUUAUUCCGAAACGAAGAUGAAGAAAGUAUAGAUAGUCAUAAACCUUCGAAUAUAGGUAGCCGGAUAUCCGGUAAAGAUAAAGCAGAUGCUGCGUCUUCCCCGGAAUCUUUUGAAUCUGCACGUGAUGGGGUAGCAGAUUUACGGGAAUUUGAAGAAUUUUCGGAAUUUUUCCCCCAUUUCGAAAAACAAAAAUUGUAUCACGCUGCACUCAAACAACACGAGGACAAAAGUAUUCAGUGCAGACGAUUGCAUACAGAAUUAGUGAAGUGUGGUUCAGAUAUAGAAUACUUAGCAAAGGUGCAUUGCUUGCGACAAGCAUACACAAAAUUGUUCACGAUACCUUCGACUACAGAAUGGAUUUCUGACAUAGGCAGACAAAUUAUUAGUGAUUUGAUCAUGUAUGCAGACAGGGAUCCUAAGGAUUAUUUAAUACAUUAUGAACGAAUGUUAGAAUUUUUACAAGAGCCAAACAAUCAUAAAAUAAUGGAAGAGGAAUUAACUGCAAGAGGUGUAAAAUGUAUGAACUUCUAUGACGUUUUAAUCGAUUUUAUUUUGCUAGAUGCCUUUGAAGAAGUUGAAAAACCGCCCUCGUCAAUUAAAGCUAUUUUACAAAAUAGAUGGAUAUCUGCUAGUUUCCGUGAAACUGCAAUCGGAACUGCAGUUUGGUCAGUUCUUGUAGGUAAAAAACAAAUGUUGAAAUAUGACAAAGGAUUUUUGGCCCAUUUUUAUUCUAUUUCUGAACAAAUUUCUCCAGUACUGGUAUGGGGUUUUUUAGGCCCAGAAGGAAGCCUACGUUCUACCUGCCACUAUUUUAGAGAUCAAGUAAUAGAAUUCCUUGUAGAUAUAUUUAAUUUCUUUAAAGUAAGAUACACUACUAUCGAUAACCUCGCUGAAGAUAUACUCAGGGAAAUGAAAGGAAGAGUCGAAAAUAUAAAUCAAAGACUUUCUCUAGAAGGUUGUUAAUUAAAUACGAACAAAUAGGUACUACAUAGCAGUGUCAAAUAUAUAUAUAUAUAAUGUUGAUAGAAUUGAAUAGAUAUGGCAAUGGCUAAAAAUCUGAUAUACUUUCUAUUGCAUAAUGCAUUUAUUUUUUGUAAGUAUCUGAGUAUCAACAAUCUUUACUCUUUUAUAAUUGUUAUAACUUGUCUGUCUAUGUUUAUUCACAUCAUUACAACUAUUACAUAAGCACUAUGAAAGAUAUUGUGAAAAAAAGAUUAUUUGG